AUGGACAAAAGCGAAGAUAAAAAGAGGAAAAAAAACUCAAACAGAAACUUUGUUGCUGAUGUAAGUUUUUUCAUAAACCCGACUCAAUUUUUCAUACUGUUUCUACUAGAAAAGCGAAGAAAAUGUAAGAAGGAAAAAAGGAUCAACUACCAAAAUGAUUGUGGCAGAGGUUGAAAUAUAUGAAACUGAAUAUACUCCGUUCCGAUGAAGUUACAGAAAUCGUCAGAAGAUGGGAAAAAGCCAAAGCAACGUGCACAAGAUCCACAGCUUCUCAAUGUUUGCAGCAACGGCGUUCACUUUUAAUUUGGAAGAAAUUUAGUUCGUGAGCAAGUAUCUCAUGCAGCAUUCUUGGUAUCAUGGUCUAAUGCCGCGAGAAGAAAUCGAAGAACUUCUCCAGGUACAACAUUUACGCGGGAAAAAACCUAUCAAACCUCAACUUCUCCUAAAGCUUUUUUCCUACUCGAAAGACACUUUUCAGGUGGAAGGUAACUAUCUGGUAAGAAGAACCACAGAAAAAGGCGUCCCUCUGUUCUGCCUUUCGGUUCGGCACGAAGACCAAGUCCGUCACUUUCCGCUCCAGUACGAAAACGCAAUGUGGAAUUUGCGAAACGUUGGUUGAAUUCGUGACCUUUUUCCUGUUUCAGUUCCUUUCUUCAGUUACUCACAAAACGACAUCCCGACCUCGUCGAUUUGCUCAAUGAACUCGUCAACGAAAAGUUCGAGCUGCCACCAUCAAUGGCUGUUCUCGGAAAAGUCAGUGGCAACAUACAAAUACACCAAAACCGAAAAACUCAUGGUCAAAAGUCCUAAAAAACGACAUAUCAUAUUUACUUACCAAAUUUGGAUGAAAGUAAGUCGUUCACGUUGAUUUAAAAAAAUCAUAAAUUUCUGGUAAAAAGCCAAAAAAAUUUUUCAGAAGGUUUAUUCUAAUUAUUGAAAUUUCAGAAAGGUUUGUUCUAACUAAUGAGAAUUUUUUUCAUUAAAAUGACUCACAAAAAAAUAGUAGAUAAAACUAAAAAAAUGAUCCGAAAAAAACGAUGAUUGAAUAUAUAGAGUUGACCUAAUAGAGACAAGAAAAAUAGGACUUCUAACUAGGGAACUACUCGGACUCGGGUUCGGGUUUCGAGUUGAAACUUUAGUGGUUUAUAGACCCAAGUCAGAAUAAUUUAAAACAAGAGAGAGUAUCUGCUAAAACCGAUAGAGAACUUAGAAAAAAUUAGUAGAAAAUGUGAAAAUAAGGCCUGAAAAUUUUCAGAAUGCUGCUUUUUCGCUGAUUUUAUAUUUUAAUACAAUCUCCAUAAAUGAUCCGGCCGGCUAAGAUAAACUCUAAAAAACUUUUUUCCAGCCAAAAGAAGGAGGAGAGCAAAAAUUUGACAGUUUCCACGCCUAAACUGUUCAUUUUCGAAAAACUUUUUCUCAGAAGCCUAUGGGGUUUAGCAGAUAAACUCUCUUGUUUCCAAGUACUCUUACCCGGGUCUAUAAGCCACCGAAGUUUCAACUCGAAACGCGUACCCGAGUCCGAGUAGUUCCCUAGUAAGCGGAAGAUAGCCGUUCCUUGUGCUCUGGACCGCGAAGCUUGUGAACUUUAAAUCUAUGAAUUUCAAAAGUUCCUAAUUAUCCCUAUCUUUUUGAAUAUUUUUCUCAUUCUGUUUUUUUGUAAUUUCCUGCUUACUAGGGAACUACUCGGAAUCGCGUACGCGUUUCGAGUUGAAACUUCGGUGGCUUAUAGACCCGGGUAAGAGUACUUGGAAACAAGAGAGAUUAUCUGCUAAACCCCAUAGGCUUCUGAGAAAAAGCUUUUCGAAAAUGAACAGUUUAGGCUUAAAAAUUAUCAAAUUUCUGCUUUCCUCGUUCUUUUGGCUGGAAAAAAAGUUCUUUAGAGUGUAUCAUAGCCGGAUUAUCCAAGGCGAGUGUAUUAAAAUAUGAAACAAGGUGAAAAGCAGUAUUCUGAAAAUUUUCAGGCCUAAUUUUCACAUUUUCUACUAAUUUUUUCUCGGUUCUCUAUCGGGUUUAGCAGAUACUCUCUCUUGUUUUAAAUUAUUCUGACUUGGGUCUAUAAACCACUAAAGUUUCAACUCGAAACCCGUACCCGAGUCCGAGUAGUUCCCUAGUUAGUUUUUUUUUUGGUUGAAACAUACAAAAAGCCGGUUCAAACAUACGGGAGAUAAUUUCACAUGUAAUGUAAUCGAUUUCAGGCGAUUCCCCGUCCUGACUACUACUUUCUUCACGACAAUAUAACACUUGAUAGAAAGCUGGGAUGUAAGAUUGCAGUUACUAGAGAAUUGAAAAUAGUUUUUCAAGCCGGUGCGUUUGGAGAAGUGUGGAAAGGGAAGCUGAAGCUCAUGGGUUACGCGGACGUUGAUGUAGCCGUGAAGAGAAUGAAGGGCAACGUCACCAAGAAAGUCAUCGCUGAGUUCAUGCACGUGAGUGAUACUCCAACGGGUGCAGUGAAUAACCAGUUGUGUGACGACAGUGAAUGAAAUUGGGGCAAAAAAAAAGAUUUUCUUUAAUUGACGCGCAACUGUUUCAGGUUAUGAAAUUGACGGCUUGAAGGGCGACCCAUCGUUAAGGUUUUUCCCAUUGCACUGAUUCGAAUUUUAUUUCAAAUCUUCAGCAAUAACACCUAGGUCCAGUGAUUUUUGUUCCGGAAAAAUAGUAUUAUAAAGCACACUUCAAGCGACCUGUUGCGACUCUUUUGCCUGAGCUAUUAUUAGAGCUAAUAGUUGGAGACUAUUUAGAGCUCGGCCCUAUGGCAAGUCUAUCUUGUUAAAUCAUUCAUUUUUUUGUUUUUUCAGUCUGAUAUAAUUGACUAGGCGGUGAGCAAGAACUUUUGAAGUUAUAACGAACAACCGCUCUUUGGCGAGCUAGAAGUCCAAACGUGUAGUUGAUCAAGUUGAAAGCAUGGUCUUACGAUCCUUCGCCUCAUUCUUCUGCGCGUAGUUUAUUCAGUUGCGCCUUGACGAACUCAGAAUGUAGCGGAUGUUGUGCUGGAGCCCGGAGACCGUGCUCUAGAUUGAAGCCUCAGAAUGAGAGCGACAACUUCGAGUGAAGAUUUUACACGCAAAACCCUAAAAAAACAGAAAAGUUAGCUCAAAGAAAACUUAACAUUUUAGGAAGCAAAAUUGAUGCGACAGCUCACGCACAAAAACAUAGUCAGUGUGUUUGGAGUCGCGCCGCAGGAAGAGCCGUUGAUGAUAGUUCUGGAACUUGCUGCGAACGGGACAAUCAAAGUAACUGAUUCCUCAGUCGCCUACGGAAAACUAUGACUACAGAGUUACUGUAAAGUGAACCCGAAUUGCCCCAUAAGUCAACUGGUUAGUUUUGCGACGGACUCUGUGCGUGGAAUGAGUUAUCUUUCGUCAAAAAAGGUUUUUUCCAACUUAUUUUCUAUCACGGUCUUUUAAGGUCAUACAUAGAGACUUAGCAGCACGAAAUUUGCUAUUAGGAAGUAUGAACGAGGUCAAGAUUUCCGAUUUUGGUUUAUCUGUCGCCGGCAAGACUGAAGUUACAAUUGAAAAAAUGAAACUUCCAAUAAAAUGGCUAGCACCAGAAACUUUGGAAUCGGUAAGAAAAUUCCUUCAUAUUUUAUACUUUGAUGGCGAAUUCAGGGACGGUUCACAACAAAAACAGACGUUUGGAGUUUCGGAGUCACAUUAUGGGAAAUCUUCAGUCGAUGCACCCAAGAUCCUUUCCCCGGACUAACCAACGCUUUGGCCCGAGAGCUGAUCAAAGUGAAAACGAAGAGUUAUCGAGAUCAACUUAUGUUUAGACUCAAACUCCGCCUAUGCAACCACCACCAGAAACGCCGCCUUUGAUAUCCCAGAUGAUGAAUGAAUGCUUUCGAAAAGUUUCCGAACCUCCUGGAUUCGAUGAAUCAACGAGUUUCAGUCGCCGGAAGAACGUCCGUUUUUCCCGGUGAUGCUCAAGAGGCUCUCUCCAGAAGAAGACGUCACGGAAUACGACGUCGGCCAGUCUCCUCCGGUCCCGUGUACAUAUCCAAACGCUGUAUAUCAGGUUCAUUGA